GUACAUGAUUUUUAAAUUUAGUCAGAUAUAAAACAUCUGCGGUAUACUUGCGAACACUAGCAAGUGCAAGUGCAAGUAAAUACAUAAUAUCUGCACUUGAAUAAAAUAGUAGAUUUGACUAAGAAUUUUUUAAAUUCGAAGUAUUUUUCAUACAUUAAUCUGCUGCAAUUUUUUUCUACAGUUUGAUACAAGGCUUCAAAUAAGGAAUUCAAACUAUGACGACACUGCGGCUUGCUUUGGUACAGCUAUUUGUCAAUUCCAGCAAACGUGCGAAUAUAGAAAAAGCUGUUUCAUUUAUUGAACGAGCGAAAAAACAAUCUGCUGACGUUGUCAUUCUUCCGGAAUGUUUCAAUUCUCCUUAUGGCAUACAACAUUUUAGUAAGUAUGCCGAAGACAUCCCUUCGGGAGAAACAAGCUUAGCCCUAUCAAAUGCGGCGAAAAAUUUCAAAAUAAAUGUUAUUGCUGGUACUAUUCCUGAAAGAGAUAAUGACGCAUUGUACAAUACCUGCACUGUCUGGAAUACUGAUGGUCAUCUUAUAGCGAAACAUAGAAAAAUGCAUUUAUUUGAUAUUGACAUAAAAGGCAAGAUACGAUUUGCCGAGAGCGAAGUUUUGAAGGCGGGAAAUACUUUGACGAUGAUUGACCUGAAUGAUUUUAAAAUUGGUAUUGGAAUAUGUUAUGAUAUCAGAUUUGAAGAAAUGGCGCGCCUUUAUCGUAAUAAAGGCUGUAGUUUAUUGGUGUAUCCAGCUGCAUUCAAUAUGACUACCGGACCAUUACAUUGGCAACUUCUCCAACGUUCGAGAGCUAAUGAUAAUCAGUGCUACGUUGUUAGUGUCUCUCCAGCACGUGAUACUAAAUCAGAAUAUAUCGCGUGGGGACACAGCCAAGUGACUAAUCCAUGGGGAGAAGUAAUUCAUGACUUAGAUAUUCACGAAAAUAUGAUAGUCACUGAAAUAGAUUCGUCUAUUGUAAAAGAAGUAAGAAGUCAAAUUCCAACUUUUAUGCAACGGCGCACUGAUAUCUAUGAUACCGUUUACAAGCAUGAUGAUAAAUAAGUAAAAAAGAACGUUUUCAAUAUUUAAAACACCUUGAGGUCUUUCAAAAAGACUCAUAGUCAAUUGGCUAUAAUUAAUUAACUAUCAUAAAUUUUUAUAAAAAAUUGAAAACGAAAUCCGAAGUAUACAUUUUUACUAAUUGUUAUGUAUUAAAAUGUCUAUUAAAAUUUUGUACAUCACACUGAAAAAAUUUUUUAUUUUUAUUUCA